AUGGCUCCCAAAGACCUCUCUAUUGGCUCAAGCUCACCUAGCGACUCGAUUCCCGACACUCCCUCCUCAGCAACGACGACCACGAUCGACCAUGAUAACCGUCUACAGGGAUGGGCGCUUAUGAAGGCCGUCGCAGCCCUGAACGUCAUCAACGGCGUUGCCUUCUUCGACAUCAUGGGCUCACCAUCGCUAACACCGACUCUAGCCCAGGACACAGGCCUAGGCAGGGACAUCUCGUAUGCUACCACCGCUGCCCUUGUCAUGGCUGUAGUCGGGCAGUGUAUCUUCAACUACUUCAGCGACUUCUUGGGUCGUAAGAUUCCUCUCGUCCUGGCCACAGCGUUCCUUGGUGUCGGCGCUUUGGGGACUGCUUUCUGCAACUUCGAACAUAAUCUGGGUAUGCUGGUCGUCUUCCGUGGUUUCGCCGGGUUAGGUUUCGGGAGCAUUUCUGGUCUGGUGAAUAUUCUGCAGAGUGAUUACCUGGACAAAGAGCGUCGACAGAUUUACCAAGGCUUCCAGGGUGUCAGUGUUGCCGCAGGGAGCGCUCUCGGGAUGAUCAUGGCCGCGGUAUUCUCUGAACUGGUUGCUGGCCGUGGUAUGUGGCAGUACUUCUACUACACCCAGGUCGGUCUGAACGCCAUCGCAUUCGUCCUGGCGUUAUCUUGCGUGCCUGCCAAACAUCGUGUCCAACACUGCUGGAUGGAGGCAGGUGGCUGGAGAGGUCUGGUCAGACUGAUUGAUUGGAUCGGUAUCAUCUUCGGCAUCCUCGCGAUCGUGCCUGUGCUCAUACUUGCUACGCAAGGCCGCGACAUGAAGAAAGACUCGGCAAUCUUGUCGACCUGCGUCGUGCUGCUCGUUGUUGGCACGGUGGUCUUCUGGCUCAACGGCUACUAUGGCCCCGUUCGUGGCGCACGUCCGAUCAUGCCAUUCAAGUUCUUCAGGAAUCGGACCAUCCCCGCCAUCUAUAUGCAGAACAUCUUGCUCGGCUUUGCGUACAACACACUGAUCACGUACAUGCCCAUGUACUUGACGUUUGUUCGCCAGCUCACGAUGAUGUGCACAGCACUCUUCAUGCUGUCUUACGUCUGCACGCAUGGCGCAUGCUCGACCACAUCGGCUCGGCUGGUCGUCCUUCUGGAAAGGAAAGGUAUCCCUGGAUACACUGUGGUGGCCUUUGUCGGCUUCAGCUGCUGGAUGGUAGCUCUUGUCAUCUUUGCAUUCGUCUUUGGACUGAGUGAUCCGGUCAUCUGCUUCUUGCUGGCGCUCACCGCCGUGGGGACUGGUAAAGUCUUUCAGAACGCCGUCAAUGCUAUCCGAAAUGAGGUCCAUGCCAGUGAGAAUGCUACAGCACUAGGUGCCCGGAACGUCCUGCGAUACUUUGGUGGCGCACUUGGUACAGCUGUGAACUCCAGUGUAUUGGAGAAGUGUGUCAAGGCUACCUUGAAAGGCAGCCUGGCCACCUUCGCCGAGCACCCGUUCGAUCGUCCGGACAAAAAGCAUCUGACCACAGCACAGAGCACAGAGGUGACAGAAGGGUUUCGCUGUGCUUUCCAGAGAGUCUUUCUGCUGUCUGCAGUCGCCAUUACGAUCGCGACGGUGUUGUGCUUCCUUCUCAUCAAGCCGAGAGCAAAGACGCAGGUACUGGAAGUAUCGUCAAAAACGACGUGUUCAAGGACUUCAUCCUCAGGUACAAGCCUUGGCACAGAUAUCGAGAAGCAGUCGCUGGAGGAGGGCCAUCGCGAUAGUAGCUCAAGCGAUUGA